AUGGAUGCGACGCGAAGCACUAGUGCGCCAUAUCACCGUGGCGCAUCGCUAGUGUCAAAUGUAGCAGGACCUGCACUCGCGAACGGUGCAUGGGUUCUUGGCACAAGCUCAGCCCCAUUGCGUCUGCAGUCACGCAUAGCUCCAAGCCAGGCGAAGUAUUCAACCUACGCGAGCCGAAUGCGUGCCGGUACUACGACUCUUAUGCAACCGAUCCAGCGCAGUGCAAAUGAGCUGGACGGUACGUCGGUUCUUGGCACUCGAAGUGCUCGACAGUCCGUUUACUAUGGCGAAGAUGAAUCAGAUGACGACGAUGAGGAGUCUGAGUAUGAAGACGAAGAAUUUAGCAGCUCUCAAAGACGAAAGCGUCGGAGAGGUGCGCAUGAAUCGCGGUCAGCAUCCAGUCUAGAUACACGUGUGGUGGAUCCAGAAGCUGAAGCAGAGCUUGCAGCGCCAGGCAGCCAGCUGGGCUUGCCUGUGUCAUGCGACCGGCUCGUGGUGCGACCUGCUAAGCGAACACCUCACACUUUUCCCACAGAGCAACAGCUUCAGCAGCAGAGUGAGUUUGCCGAAGUCCUAGUCCCCAUCCGCAUCGAGUUUCACACAAAUACCCAUCGCAUCAAAGAUGUAUUUCUGUGGAAUCUCCACGAACGUCUCAUUACGCCCUACCAAUUUGCACAUAUUUUCCUGCAGGAUCUAGAGUUGCCGAUGCAACCGUAUGCUGUGCAGAUCGAAAGUCUGAUCAUUCAGCAACUAUCUGAUGCUAUGAGUGUUCUGGACCGAGAGGGAGAUGGCAUAAGCCGAAUUCUCGAUCUUAAAUCGUCUGCACGAGAGCGCAAGCGUAUUGAAACUGAGGUAGAAAUGCAGCGGCGUCGUGCAGCUGCCAUGCUUCAAGCUGCCUCGGCUUCUGAUAGCGCUUCUCCGUCCGCCCCGCGCAAACGUGGACGGCCUCGAAAACACCCCGCGCCUGAGUCGAAGGAAGAUUCGCCCGUCGUGCCACCGCAGCCACAGUCACAGCUGUUGUCUCAGCCGCCUGCGCCGACGCAGCCACUGUCUCAGGCUUCAGUGCCUGUAUCAGGGCCGACAGCACAUGCUCUUCCAGCAAUCGAUAAUGACAGUGCUUCCAAGUCUGUCGACAAGGCCUCUAUUCAUGAUGCUAUCUCAAGGAUCGAUGCCGAAGAUGAUCUGCGAGUGAUCGUCGAGUAUGAAGUACAAAUUUCUCGUCAUAUGUUGCGUGACCGCUUGGAGUGGGACCUUUGUUCAACAUUGACGCCAGAAGCAUUUGCCAAGACCUUGACAAGAGACUUGGGCCUUCCGUUAGAGAGUGGAGUGCUAAUUUCCCAUGCGGUUCGCGAGCAGCUUUUGCAUCAUCGACGUGCAGCAAUGGAGCUGGGCUUGUUUGGCAGUGGUAAGAUUUACAAGUGCAUCAUGGACGAGCUCUUGCGCAUCGAUAAGGCUGAGCGUGCAUUGCUUCGUGCAAGUGCGAGUCCAUCCGAAUCUGGUCAGGGUGCGACAGGUGCUGCACCCUCAGAAAGUACCGCUGCAACGUCUGCUAUGAUGGAUCUCGAUCCGUUAUCAGAGGACGAAGCCUUGCACCAACGACGGGCCAUUUCUUCAGCUGCUAUGACGAAUGCAAGUGACAUGGACGAAUGGCAUGGCGCCACACUCACACGCGACGACCAAGCGCCGCCUCAUACGCGUAGCCGGCGUUUAGCUGCUGCAACACAAUAUGGGAGCUUAUCGCACUCUCAUGAUGCUACGGCAGCAUUUUCGGCGCCUUCGAAUCUAUCAUCUUCUGCGCCGUUUCCUCCUUUCCCCAGCGCGGCAUCUAUCCCAUUCCUUGUACCUGAUGAAUCUUUACCAUUGGCUUUGAGGCGACAUCAAGCUCUGAUGACACUACGAGAUCUACUUGCUGUUGGUCCUCGACCUCUCGAGGGGGCUUGGCGCGAUUUUGCCGAAACGUCUGAUUUUGGCCCGCUACUGGAGUACCUCAGUGAAGCUGAAAUGGAAAAAAUGGAGGAGGCAGACCUACGUGCCAGCCGGUAUGUAUACUAA